GGCAGGGUCUGGCCGGGGCGCGUCCGGGGCAGCGGGCCAGGACCGUGCCCCUCUGCCCUCUGGCCUAUCUGCCCCCGGGAAGCUCAAGGCCUUAAUUGCCGAGCCGGUGACUAUUGGCUGAAGUUCCCCAGCGAUUUGCAUGAACAGAGAGGGAGUGUCUUGUGUCGGCCUCCCGUCUGGAGCGCGCCGACUGCAGCCUCGCCGGGAAUGAGCGGCCGAGGGAAUGCGCGCAGCUCGCGGGCCUUGGCACUGAGCUGGCGUCCGGCGACUUGGCACCCGCGCCUGGAUAUUAUGGGGCGUCUCAAUCGUCCCAGGAGCAGCACCAGCCCCAGGAACCUACAGCAUCUGUUUCUGAUCUUCCUCUUCGUGGGACCCUUCAACUGCCUCGCGAGCUACAGUCGGGCCACGGAGCUCCUGUACAGCCUGAACGAGGGACUCCCCGCGGGGGUGCUCAUUGGCAGCUUGGCCCAGGACCUGCGGCUGGUGCCCCCGGCCGGCGGGAGGAAUGAGCCGCAAUGGCAGUCGCCGGAGCGCUCCAGCGCGGAGCUGAACCCCCCUCUCUCCUUCAGCCUGGCCUCCGGGGGACUGAGUGGCCAGUACGUAACCCUGGACAACCGCUCCGGGGAACUGCACACUUCCACCCAGGAGAUCGACCGAGAGGCCCUGUGUCUGGAUGGAGGUGCAGGCGCCGCGGGGGGCGGCGGCAUUUCCAUUUCCUCUGCGCCUUCCCCAGACUCUUGUCUUUUGCUUCUGGAUGUGCUGGUCCUGCCUCAGGAAUACUUCAGGUUUGUCAAGGUGAAAAUCGCUAUCCGAGACAUCAAUGACAAUGCCCCGCAGUUCCCUGUGUCCCAAAUCUCCGUGUGGGUCCCAGAAAACGCACCUAUAAACACCCGUCUGGCCAUCGAGCAUCCUGCCACGGACCCAGAUGUAGGCACUAACGGGGUACAGACCUAUCGCCUCCUGGACUACCACCGCAUGUUCACCCUAGACGUGGAAGAGAAUGAGAAUGGAGAGCGCACCCCCUACCUAAUCGUCAUGGGUCUAUUGGACAGGGAGACUCAGGACCAGUACGUGAGCAUCAUCAUAGCCGAGGACGGCGGCUCUCCACCUCUGUUGGGCAGCGCCACGCUCACCAUUGGCAUUAGUGACAUUAAUGACAAUUGCCCUCUCUUUACAGAAUCACAAAUCAAUGUCACUGUGUAUGGAAAUGCUACUGUGGGCACACCGAUUGCAGCUGUGCAGGCUGUGGAUAUAGACUUGGGAAUCAAUGCUCAGAUAACUUACUCUUACAGCCAGAAAGUUCCCCAGGCAUCCAAGGAUUUAUUCCACCUGGAUGAAACCACCGGAGUCAUUACACUUUAUAGUAAGAUUGGGGGAAGUGUUCUGCAAACACACAAGCUCACCAUUCUUGCUAAUGGGCCUGGCUGCAUCCCUGCUGUGAUCACGGCCCUCGUGACCAUCAUCAAAGUCAUUUUCAGACCACCUGAAAUCGUUCCUCGUUAUAUAGCAAAUGAGAUAGAUGGCAUUGUUUACCUGAAAGAACUGGAACCUGUGAACACCCCCAUUGCGUUCUUCACCAUUCGGGAUCCAGAAGGCAAAUACAAGGUGAACUGCUACCUGGAUGGUGAGGGGCCGUUUAAGUUAUCCCCCUACAAACCAUACAGUAAUGAAUACUUGCUGGAAACCACGAAACCUUUGGACUACGAGCUCCAGCAGUUGUAUGAAGUAGCUGUGGUGGCCUGGAAUUCUGAGGGAUUUCAUGUCAAAAAAGUUCUUAAAGUGCAACUCUUAGAUGACAAUGACAAUGCUCCCGUUUUUCCUCAGCCCUUAAUUGAACUCACCAUUGAAGAAAACAACACCCCCAAUGCCUUUUUGACUAAACUGUACGCUACAGAUGCUGAUAGCGGAGAGAGAGGCCAGGUUUCUUAUUUUCUGGGACCCGAUGCUCCUUCAUAUUUUUCCUUAGACAGUGCCACAGGCAUCCUAACUGUUUCAACUCAGCUGGACCGAGAAGAGAAAGAAAAGUACAGAUAUACAGUCAGAGCUGUUGACUCUGGGAAGCCACCCAGGGAAUCUGUAGCUACAGUGACUCUCACAGUAUUGGAUAAAAACGACAAUAGCCCUAGGUUUAUCAACAAGGACUUCAGCUUUUUUGUGCCAGAAAACUUCCCCGGGUAUGGUGAAAUUGGCAUAAUUAGUGUAACAGAUGCUGAUGCCGGUCGAAAUGGAUGGGUGGCCCUCUCAGUGGUAAACCAGAGUGAUAUUUUUGUCAUAGACACAGGCAAGGGCAUGUUGAGAGCCAAAGUCUCUUUGGACAGAGAACAACAAAGUUCCUAUACUUUAUGGGUUGAGGCUAUUGAUGGAGGUGAGCCUGCACUUUCCUCCACUGCAAAAAUCACCAUUCUCCUUCUUGAUAUCAAUGACAACCCACCUCUGGUUUUAUUUCCUCAGUCUAACAUGUCCUACCUGCUGGUACUACCUUCGACUCUCCCAGGCUCCCCAGUGACAGAGGUCUAUGCCGUUGACAAAGACACAGGAAUGAAUGCUGUUAUAGCUUACAGCAUCAUAGGAAGACGAGGCCCGAGACCUGAAUCUUUUAGGAUUGACCCUAAAACUGGCAAUAUUACUUUGGAAGAGGCAUUGCUGCAGACGGACUAUGGUCUCCACCGUUUGCUGGUGAAAGUGAGUGACCAUGGUUAUCCUGAACCUCUCCACUCCACAGUCAUGGUGAACUUAUUUGUAAAUGAAACUGUCAGUAAUGAGAGCUACAUUGAGAGUCUUUUAAGAAAGGAGCCGGACAUAAGUAUAGAGGAAAAAGAACCACAGAUCUCCAUAGAACCGACUCAUAGGAAGGUGGAAUCUGUCUCCUGUAUGCCUACCUUAGUAGCUCUGUCUGUAAUAAGCUUGGGUUCGAUCACACUGAUCACAGCGAUGGGCAUCUACAUCUGUUUAAGGAGAGGGAAUAAGUAUCCCAGGGAAGAUGAAAAUUUGGAAGUACAAAUUCCACUGAAAGGAAAAAUUGACUUGCAUAUGAGAGAGAGGAAACCGAUGGAUAUUUCUAAUAUUUGAUACUAUGUUUGUGGAAUAACACAAAGAUAUUUUAAUUAACUUUGGGUAGUCUUCACCACCUAAGCAAGAUGUGUGUGGACAGUAGUUCCAAUGAAGGACAAGUAAUUUAUAACUUGUACUAUAGUGUAAAUGGCUGUUUACAGGUUUUUAAAUUUAAAAAUCAGAGGUUAUAAAAUGUGUACAGCAUUUUUUAAAAGAAAAUUAGUACUAACAGCUAUAGAACUGUUAUUAAAAUAAAAAUUUUUGGAUGCGAUUUGCAGCUUUCAUGCAACAAGCAGAUGAUUGCUAAAACUUGGGAGCAAAGGUAAGAAAAUGAAACACUGCUUUCCCCCUACCCCCC